AUGUCUUCUUAAGAUGAUGAAUUACUAGAAUUGCAUUAAAGAUAUGACAAUCUUCACAAACUCAAUCAAAAUAUAACCUUUGAAAAUUAGAAAUUACAAAAUGAAAUUCAAACAUUGAAGUAGGUAAAGCUUCUAAUCCUAAUUCUAGACAUUGUGUUAAUUUGAAACAGAAAAUAAUGAAUUAAAUGAUCAAAUUGAAAAUCUCAAGAAUGACCUUAGAACAUAAUUUGCUAUUAGUUAGAAUUUAAGAUAAGAAAAUGAAUUCUUUGAAAAUUAAAUACAUGAAUGCAGAAAAUAAAUUGAAUCUGCUGCUUCUUAUUAUAACUAAAUAAUAGAAGAAAACGAUCUUCAUAUAUCACAAAUGCAACAUAAAAUUUAAUAAAGUGAAUACCUAACAUAGGAGAAUCAUUUGUAUAAAGAGCAGAUUCACUCGCUGCAAGAGGAUAAUGAAUAAUUAGCUUAAGAGGUAGCACACUUAUAAGAAUCACUUAAUAAUCAUGAUCCAUAUACAUAGGAUGGUAAACAGCUGUAGAAUUCAGAUCAAAAUAAACAUGUCAAGAAAUAAAACAGAAAGAAGGUUAAGGAAUUAGAGAGAUUAAUCAUUAAAAAAGAAUAAGAAAUAAGUCAAUUGUAUUCUAAAAUAGAGGACCUAAAGAAUUAUAUUUAACAAAUGAAAUAUCAGUCAGAAAAAUAUGAACAAAAUCUUUCUUACUUAUAUAGCGAUUAUUAAUAAAUUGAGAUAGAAAGAAAUAAAUUGGCAUCUAAAAUUGAUUCAAUUUAAAAUUCAAAUGAAAGAUUUUCUACAUUAUAACAGUAAUUGUCAAAUUCUGAAAAAAAUAAGAAUAAGGAGUUUUAAUCAAUGAAAAUUCAAUUUGAUCAAUUGCAAAUGAACAAUCUACAAUAUCAAUAGUAGAUUUAAGCUCUAAAUGAAGAAUUCACUAUUCUCACAUCAAAGUAUUCUGAAUUAGAAGAAUUAAACAACUAACAUUUGCAAGAAGCUUAAAAUUUCAACGAUUAAUUACUUGAAAAGGAUUCUCUCACAGAUAAAUUAUAAUCUCAAUUACAAUAGCAAUAGUUUAAGGAUGGAUAAUUGUAAUAGCAAAUCAAAGAGUUUAAUUAAUAGUUAAAGGAAUUACAAUAGAAUAAGUCUGAUCAAUAGACUUAAAUUGCUUAAUUGCUAAAAGAGAAUUAAAUACAGGCUAAUCAAUUAAGUUAGGUUAAAGAUUUACAAUCUAAGGAAUUGAAAGACACUUUAAAUUAAGUAGAGUCAUUGAAAAAAGAAAGAUAAAAUCUCAUCGAUCUUAUUAAAAUUAAGGAGGAUAAAUAUGUAGAUUUGGAAAUGAAAUAAAAGAAUUCAGAAAAUUUGAUUAAAUAAAUAUAAGAAGAGAGGAUUUAUUUAGAAUAAGCAGAAUAGUAUAAUAUUAAAAUAAGUUAGAUCCUUUGAAGAGGUAUCUUAAUAAUGUAUGCAAUUGUAAGAUUAGAAUAGAGAUCUCUUAAGGUAAGUUGCUAAUCUUGAAAAUGACUUACAAAAAAGUGAAGAAGAAUUGAGACAAUUAAGAAGAAAUAACAAAAAGUAUUCAUUUACAUUAAGUAAAGUUCUUAGAAUUUUGAUAAGAAUGCAUAACAGAUGAUCUUGAAAGAUAGGGAAAUAUUGCAUUUGUAGUCAGUUGUAGAAAGAUUGGAAGGAAUGAAUAAACAGUUGUAAUAGGAGUGUGAUAGAUUGGCUGCUAAGAUUUAAUUAACUUCACAUGAAAACACUUUAUUAAGUAGAACAAAUAGAGAAAUUAGUCAAAUGGGUAAACUAUUAAUUGAGGGAUAAUAAAUUAAGGAGAUGUUGGAGAAGAAAAAAUAUGAAAAACCAUUGACCUUUACAAACAAUAAGGCUCCUUAAGUGAUAUAAUAAUUACAGUUACAUAGUAGGAGACCAUCUGUAAAAAAAUCUUGA